AUGGAUUUGAACCGGUCAAUAAUUCGUUCCGUGGUGAGACAAGCGUUGGAGGAGUAUAUGCAGUCGAAUACCAAUAGAUCUGCAAAUGCAGGGGAAACAGGAAGACUGGAAGGUAGUUGUAAAUUAAUUUUUUUCAGUGUACCGCCUUGCUUAUGCUUUCUUUAAAUGUAUGAACAGACGAGAGCAGAUCUCAAAUCGAAUUAUUUUAGCCGUAAACUUGUUAUUUACAGCUUCCUCACAGAACACAAGUACAAGUACAACUAGCCAACGGCUAAACUCUCAAAUUGGACAGGUUGUAAACCGUGCCAGGGAUAUUUUAAGAAGCAAUCGAUCGUCAUUCACACGAAAUGCCAGCACGUCGUUUCAGAAUGGCGCCACUAGCGCGUAUCCUAAAAGACCCCGAUUGUCGGGGGCUUCACGUUAUGGAAAUGUUCUUUCCAAGGAUGUGGUUAAAACGGUUGUGCUCUUGGAAAAUUCUGGUUCUUCAAACGAAUAUCCUUUAAAGAAUGAUACGAUAAUGUGCUAUGCUGAAGUGGAUUUUGUCACCACAGAUGACGAACGUCUCGUGCGAAAUAAAAUCGUCGGAGCGUUGAAGACACAAAUACCUGACAUUGCACCGGAUGAUUUUGAAUUUGUUAAAGUCCUCGGCAAAAGAGUCUCUACUCCUGUUGUAGCUGAUGGCUACAACUGGGAUUUUAAGUACGUGAAAAACUUAUGUAAACUUAUUGUAUGUCCGUCUUAACAAACAGCAAGAACAGGAACUGGAAAACAUUUCAGACACAUUUGAAGCCAUCCCUGUGGAAAGGCCUAGUACUAUUCUUGCAGAUAAUAGGGGCGUGUCGUCUGUGA